GACGUAAGUUCACUAAUGAAUUAACUACCACAUUAUUCGUACCACUUUUUCUCUUCAAAUUAUACAAACGUAGUCAUGACAAUGACGCGUCAAGGUUGCGAGCGUGAACCAAAGUUUCGAGAUUUAAAACACACUGAAGGAAAAGUCAUAUUAUCCUGUCCAAGCACAUCUAAUGGAUCCCCAUCUUGUGGUUUAUCAUAUUCUGCAGAUAAUCUUUGUGAUGAAAUCACUUCAGAAAUAUCUGUUCGAAAAUUCAUCAAUGGUCUAAAGAAAAUGGAGAACGAUGAAAGCGAAUUAAAUUUUAAAACUGUGCUGAGUCAACGAAGGCCUACUUUAACUAACGAUCCAACACUACUGUCCUCACUUCUGAAAAAGAAUGAGGCUUUGUUAAAGGAAAAUACCGAAAAUCAGUGAUUGAAAGACAAACUUUACAAAUCGAACUACUGGAAAGUAAACUCAAAAUACUCCAUGCUGACGAGAGAAAAAAUAAUAUUGAAGAAACCGAUCAGAAAACUAUAGAAAGACUGCAGAAAUAUUGCGAAGAGUUACAAGGACAAAUUCUUGAAAUGAAGGAAUUUUUUCAUGACCAUGGUCUCAUGUGGAUAGGAAGACAAUCAACUGGCCAUGUAAUCAGUACAAGAAAUGAAACUGGUCUAAAAUUCAACGAAACAACCUUCAGUCGCUUAGUUCAACAGAUUUAUUUAUUAAAUGAUUGGAACAACGACGCGCACAAUGAGAAAAAGUUUAUUUCAGAAUCCAAUUCACCUAAUAUAGUUUGCCUACAAAAUCAAUCACCGAUUCCACUAACUCUGUAUGCAGAUGGAUUAUGCUUUAAUUCUGGACCAUUUCGUCCUUAUAAAAAUCAUGAUACGCUACAAUUCGUCCAAAUAUCACUGUAUCUGAGUAAAAGUAAAUCGUUCAUGGAAGACUAUCUGACUAUCUGACUUACCUUAUUAAAUGGUCUAAAACUCUCAAACAACUGGAAUCUAUAACAAUGAAAAAUUCCGAGAAAAAAAUAACUUCUCUUUUAUAAAAACAUUUCGAACCAAAUUCCUGAGUGAUUUACAUAUAAAAAGUUAUAACUCUAUAAACUUCAACAAUAAAUCAAUUAAGUUGGUUGUUAACUUGGAUAUACUGGACGGUUACUUUCCAUCAGAAUUACAAUCUUCUUAUCCAAAUGGGGUUCAAUUCAAACUAAUCGAUAAACACACAACUCAUUUUAUGUUAUUAAAAAAACCAACAUCAUUUUCAGCCUGUGGUUAUAAACUCGGGAGUUCUUUAACAAAUGAACAAGAUGUAGGUCAGGAAGUUUCCUUCAGUAAUGAGAAACACACACCAAACAAUGAUAAAAACGAAGAAUUCAGUAUUGAACAAAUUGAAAAUCAAAUGAAAGCAGAAUGUAAUGCCUCAUCCAAUAAACUAACUUCAAACACAUUAAGUACUAAUGGGCGAAAUAAAUCUUUAACUUUUGAUGAAUUGCUAAAACGUUUACCGGAGUAUAAAUUAACAAAAUCUGGUCAGCUGUUAAAUAUUAGAAAAGACAUAAAAAGUGAAUUUGGUGAACAAAUUAAUGUUCCGUCAACUAGAAUAAUUAAAACUGAUUACAUAUUUAAAAAUAACACAAUAGACAAGAAUCAAUUAAAAUCAGAACUUAUAACAUUAAGGAUUUAUUCGGAAAAUGGUUUGCAAAUUUACAAUGUUGAAAUGCAUCCAGAAGAUACAAUAGGAGAGUUAUAUGCAACGUUAGAUCAUGCUAGAUCGAAAACAUUAUCAAAAACCAAUAGAAAUUAUCGUCUUGUAGCUAUGUCUUUACUAAACACUAUUGAAAAUCCCAAUGAACUAUGCAAUCACCAAAUGUUAGUUGAUCUUUCUGCAACAUUGGUUGCGUGUGGCAUAGUAGAUCGUACGACGCUUCGUAUGGAACUAAUUCCACAAGAAUUGACGAAAAAUCAAUUACAGUUUGAUGUUAAUAAUGCUUUGUCAGCUAAACGGCUAAACUUAUGGAGUCAAAACGAAUCAAUAACACCAAAUGGUACAUUGAAAUAACCUCUUUAAUGAAUUGCUAAAACCAUCAGAACUGGGUUGAAUAUUUGGAUAUUUGUCACAACUUUUACAACUAGAGAAGGCACAAAUAUUUAGUAUAACAGUUUUAUGUUGAAUAAAAUAAUCGUAUCAGAA